AUGGCAUCCAUCGCGCCCAUCACAGCGCCCACGGGCACAAGCACGCAAGCAUUGGAGCGCAUCGGGGCGCACAGUCAUAUUCGAGGGUUGGGCCUGGACGAUCAGCUGCAGCCCAAACCUUCUGCGCAGGGACUGGUGGGGCAAUCCGCUGCUAGGAGAGCUGCGGGAGUGGUCGUCAAGCUGGUCAAUGAUGGGCGCAUCGCUGGUAGAGCCGUUAUACUUGCUGGUCCUCCGGGCACGGGAAAGACGGCCAUCGCUAUGGGUGAGUCUGUCAUCUAAUCGUCUUGCUGGUGCGUUUUCAAUUGCUGAAGCAUACGACACUUGAAUCACAUGACCUGCAAAUGGCAAUUCCCACGAUCAUUAGGGGUUUCGCGCGAGUUGUCGGAAGACUUGCCAUUCGUGUCUCUGAGUGCAUCGGAGGUCUUUUCCCUCGAGAUGUCCAAGACCGAAGCGCUCACACAAGCUUUUAGACGGGCCAUUGGGGUACGCAUCAAGGAGGAAAAGGAGGUGGUCGAGGGUGAGGUGGUAGAGAUCAUCGUGGACAGGAGCUUGACUGGCGUGAGCAAUCGAAGCGGUGCUGCCAUCGCGAUUUUGCACAAGCUGAAAGUCAUCGGUCGCCUUUCUUUCGCCUCGUGCAGGCAACCAAGACGGGCAAGCUGACAGUCAAGACGACGGAUAUGGAGACGGUGUACGAUCUAGGUCAGAAGAUGAUCGACUCGCUGCAGCGAGAAAAGGUGUCUGCAGGAGAUGUGAUUGCUAUCGACAAGGCGAGCGGACGAAUCACCAAGCUAGGCAGGAGCUUUACACGUGCGCGAGAGUACGACGCCAUGGGUUCAGAUGUGAGUUUCGCCUGCUCGGACUCCCUUCUCGGCCUCUUGUCUUCUUCGCUCUGAUCGCAUGCGCUCAUCCGCACCGCGCUCUGCAGACGCGCUUCGUGCAAUGCCCAGAAGGAGAACUGCAGAGGCGCAAAGAUGUGGUGCACACAGUCAGCCUGCACGAGAUCGACGUCAUCAACUCUCGAACUCAAGGCUUCCUGGCGCUAUUUGCUGGUGACACUGGAGAGAUCAAGCCCGAGCUUCGCGAUCAGAUCAACGUCAAAGUCGGCGAGUGGCGUGAAGAGGGCAAGGCUGACAUCGUUCCAGGUGUGAGUGUGAACGUCGCUGGCACGAGACUGAGACAGAAUUUGGCGAUGCUGAAUGGCCGAUAUUGCUUGUGCAUUUCCUUGCAGGUGCUGUUCAUCGACGAGAUUCACAUGCUCGACGUCGAAUGCUUCUCUUUCCUCAACAGGGCUCUCGAAUCGGACCUCGCCCCUCUGGUCAUCAUGGCCUCUAACCGCGGCCUGACACGAGUUCGUGGCACUCGUUAUCGCAGUCCCCACGGAGUGCCCAUCGACCUGCUGGAUCGCGCCCUGAUCAUUCAGACCAAGCCUUACUCUGCUGAAGAGAUCAAGGAGAUUCUGAAUAUUAGAGCGAGCGAAGAGGAUGUCGACCUGGAGCAGGAAGCUUUGGCGGUGCUUACGAGGAUCGGGGGAGAGACUAGCCUGAGGUACGCACAGCUCCUCAUCACGACCGCCAGCUUGGCAGGUGAGCCUAGAUUCGCGCUCUAUACGCAAGUCUUCCACCCCCUUUCCUUUCGAUCAACACUGCUGACCUUGCACAAUGCGCCGUCGUACAGCUCGCAGACGUAAAGCUGCUCGAGUGGAAGUUACAGACGUACGCAGAGUGUACUCGCUCUUCAUCGACGAAAGACGAUCGACAACAUACCUGGAAGAGCACGCUCGAGAGUUUAUGGGCGACGUCGACUUCGAAGAAGGCAGCACCGCCGCAGCUGCUGUGCCGAUGGAGACCAGUGCCUGA